AGAAUUCAGAGUUGGGAAAUAAUUUUUUUAAACUAUUUGUCGAUUAAAGUAUUAAAAUGACUCGGCAGCUGCUGUACUGCGCUAUUUUAGCAAUUGCUUUUCCCGCCUGCUUUGCCAUCACAAUUCAACCGCGCAGCUCUUGGAACGCCGUAGCCGCACGCUCCCCAGCACGCAUAAGUGGAAAGGUUGAUUAUGUCAUCAUCCAUCACUCGGAUAAUCCGAACGGCUGCAAUACACCGGCGGAUUGCAAACGUCUAAUCAAGAAUAUCCAAAGCGAUCACAAGGGUCGUCGUAAGUUCAGUGAUAUUGGUUACAAUUUCAUAAUUGCCGGCGAUAACAAUAUCUAUGAGGGACGCGGUUUCGGUCUCCAAGGAUCGCAUGCACCUAAUUACAACCGCAACAGUAUUGGCAUUGUAUUCAUUGGCAACUUCGAUAAUACAACGCCUUCACAAACAAUGUUGCAGAAUGCCAAAGAUCUGAUGGCGCAUGCAGUGCAACAGGGUUAUUUGAAGGAUAACUAUACGCUGCUGGGUCAUAGACAAACCAAAGCUACAGCUUGUCCAGGCCAGAAAUUGUAUGAUGAGAUUAAAACAUGGCCCCAUUGGAAGAGCAUUUAAAUAUGAACAUUAGAUUACUCAACUUUUUCUCCGAAACCUUAUUUUGUGGUUCACACAAAAUAAGCCAGAACAAAGUUAAAACAAGAAUUUUAUAUUGUACAUAAAUCGAAUAAAUAUUUAUAGUCAAUUAGUUAAGCAUAAAUAA